AAAAUAUGAUAUCACGACUUGAAAAGCUCAAACAAGAUCUGUUUGAAUGGAAAGAUACUAUGAAACGAGCACAAGAAAACUAUUACUACUUAACUUUUUAUACGGCGAAGCAUGUUUUAGCAUUUUAUGAUUAUUUUAGUUGCAAAGGCAAAGUUGAUUCUAAAACUCUCGAGACAUGUGAAAUAUUACUUCGAUUUGUGAGUAAGGGGGCAAAAUUACCACCAAACAGAGGUGAUAUAAAAAUUGAUAUAGAUCAAAUGAAUUUCUACGAG